UGCGCCAAGGACAGGGCUGCCGAAACAGUCUCCUUGCUCUGGCACUGUCCCCGGGAGCAGCUGAAGUCCCUGCCACGGGCAGAGCUGGAGGGGAGGCUGGAGAGCACCCUCAUCAUCAUCGAAGCCCUCUCGCUCCAGCUCCGUGACUGGCAGGAGGGCCAGCGGCUGCUGCCUGGCGUGGGGCCGGCCGAGCAGCGGGACGUGCUCACGCAGACGGAUGUCACCCACCCCACGGGGGAGGAGGAGAUCUACCAUAACCUCUACAUCGAGCUGCGGAGGAAAACGGAGGCUCUGCAGCGGCAGCGCGGGGCGGAGCAGGAGCUGCAGGGGCAGCUGGAACUGGUCACCCGGGGGAUGAGUGACUGGAGUAGCCAGUGCCUCCAGUUUUGGGAUCUUGCAGAUGCCUCAUUUCAGAAGUUGCAGGAUAAUCAGGGAGCCCUUGACUGGGAGCGGGAGCAGGUGAGGGCCCUGGUGUCCCGGUGCCAGGCCAUGCUGCAGAGGGUGCCCGGGAAGCUGCGGAGCUGCCUGGAGGAGCGGGAUGCCAUGAGGCAGCGAGCGGACGAAGCCCUCCGAGCCAAGGAGGAGAGUGAUCAGUUCCUGGAGGCUUUCCGUGCCCAUGCCAGCGCCCAGAUCAGUGCCCGUGAGCAGAGCCUGGCCUCCCAGCGGGAGCUGGGCACGCUGCUGGCAGACACCAUCAACUGGCAGGUGUCCCUGUCUGUUGAGACUCAGCAUUUCCGGGAAUACGUGGACUUCACCUUUGAAAAACUAGAGGAGGAAAGGGCAGCCCUGGAUACGGAGCGGGAGCAGGUGAGGGCCCUGGUGUCCCGGUGCCGGGCCAUGCUGGAAAGUGUCCCCAGCAAGCUGCAGAGCUGCCUGGAGGAGCGGGAUGCCAUGAGGCAGCGGGCGGACGAAGCUGUUCAAGCUGAGGAGGAGGCAACGUCCCAGCUGAAAGAGACCUUGGUGGCCCUGGAGGAUAAGGUGGCUCGGCUGGAGAAGCUGACAGUGGCCAAUUCUCGGCUCAGUGAAGGCCCCCUCGGGUGUCUGCCUGGGCACUCGUGGUCAUGUUUCUCCAUCCUCCUGCAGUUCCUCAACCAGGAGAACUGCAUGUCCCGCACGCAGCUGCAGGAGGUGGAGGCCAGGUUGAAAUCCACACUGGACACUCUGCAGGAGCUCAACCAGCAGCACCAGGAGCUGAUAGACUCCCACCAGCACCUGUGGGAGGAGCAGGCUGCUCUCAGCCAGGAGCUGGAGACCACCAAGGCUGAGCUCCUCGACUUGAAACUCAAGAGGGAGAAAGUCUCUUGGUGCUCCACAGACAUUGCUGAGAGCAAGAUGAGGCUGCAGGAGCUUGCUGACUGCCUCAGGGCUGCUUUGCAGGAGGAGGAUGAGGAUGCUCCAUCAAGAAGCAAAGCCUGGACCCCAGCUCCAAGGACACUGUGCUGGCGGACGCCGGGCUGGCAGACCCCCCGCCGGGCCUGGACCCCCCUUGGCUGCUGUUGCUCCACGGUCAUCUCUGAGCUCCUCAGGGUGGGUGGGAGAGAGGGAGAGCUCUGUCUGUGCUCCCUGGGCACAGCACCUUCUCCCACAGAUGCUGAUGAAGCUACUGGAGGUGGAAGUGCAUUUACCAAGGACAAACCUACGUGUACACCAAAGCCAAGAGAGCCUGAGGAUGGUCUGCUGGAGAGUGUGAAGGAGCUGAGAGCUGUGGUCUCUGACCUUGCCAGGCUGAGCACCCGCAUUGAGGACCUGGAGCAGAGCGAGUUCAAGGCACUUCAGAGAGAGAUCUCCAACCUGCAGCUCCAUCUGAAGACGGUGACAGCUGAUAGCCAGGAGAAGAUGGAUGCCCAGGCUGCCACCAUUGCCAAGCUGAAAAAGGCACUGAUGGACAAGCUAGAGAACGAGAAGGAGCUGCAGAACGUGGUGAAACAGCAGGAAGCAAAGAUGCUGCAACUGAUCGACAAGAGUGGGGAAGUCACGAGCCUGAAGGGAGAGGUCUCCCAGCUGAAGCGCUCACUCCAGCAUGCAGAGACAGAAGCCAAGGUGCUGUGGGAGGAGAUGCGGGGGCAGCAGCCCAAGGCAGACACUACCUACAUCCAGGAGAGACUCCUGCUGCGGCAGGAGGUGGACAAACUGCGACUGCUGCUCCUGGAGAAAGAGGAGGAGAAUCUGCUGCUCUCCAACAAGCACCUGGAGCAGAUCCGAGGGCUGGAACAGAGGCUCCAUCAGGCCCAGAAAGUGCUGAGAACCCACGAGGAGAUGGAGGAGAAGAUGAAAGAGGUCCUCUUGUCUAUCCCUGAGGCAGGGAGCUGCCAGGAGCUCCACAGCCUGCUGCAGUACUUGGGCCUGAAGCCGGACAGUGGCAACAAGGAAGCUGCUGAGCUGCUAUAG